CAUUAUGCACAUCUCUCUCUCUCUUCUUCUCAUCAUCUGCAGCAGUUCACCCUAACCAUUUCCAACAACCGCAUCUUCUUCUUUUUCUUUUCUUUCUUAUAUGACAUGAUUCGUCUCCGAAGGCAAAGCAAUGAUGGUAACGUCUCACCUUCCGAGACCCUUUUCUUGAAGGAAACUCUACUCCACCAAAAUCUUGGCUUUUUUCGGUGAGGAAAUAGGAAUUAGAAGGAGAGGAAUAAUACUAAUAAUAACAUAAUAAUAAUAAUUAAUAUAUUAUUAUUGUGUUGUUGUUAUUAAAAGUGGUGGGAAGGGAAAGAAUCAAAUAUGACGGAAGUGCUUCAGUUGCCUUCAUCGUCAAGCUGUGGUGGUCUCACACCCAAUGAUGGGUCGCACCCAAGUUCCCUUAUUAACGCUCCCACUGUGGAAGAAGGGGUGCUGCCACAGUCCCCUUUGGAUUUGGAAGCUGAAGAAGAAGAAGAGGACGAAGAAGAGAGAAAAAGGGAAAGAGAAAGGGAUCAGCUUUCUAUUUUGACCCUUUUGAUAGCUACGUUUCGGAAGUCUCUGAUUGGCUGCAGCACUACAGCUUCAUCUACUUCUUCCAUGGAGAUUGGGUGGCCUUCCAAUGUGAGGCACGUGGCUCAUGUCACCUUCGAUCGCUUCCAUGGGUUUCUUGGUUUGCCUGUUGAAUUUGAACCAGAAGUUCCCAGGAGGUCUCCCAGUGCUAGUGCAAAUGUUUUUGGAGUUUCAACAGAAUCUAUGCAGCUCUCUUUUGACGCCAGAGGAAAUAGUGUACCUACAAUACUGCUGUUAAUGCAAAGACAUUUGUAUGCACAAGGAGGCCUGCAGGCUGAAGGAAUCUUCAGAAUCAAUGCUGAAAACGGUCAAGAGGAGUUUGUGAGGGAAGAAUUGAACAGAGGAGUUGUACCAGAUGGCAUUGAUGUGCACUGCUUGGCAGGUCUCAUAAAGGCUUGGUUCAGAGAACUACCUACUGGGGUAUUGGACCCUCUCUCACCUGAGCAGGUAAUGCAAUCCCAGUCAGAAGAAGAAUGUGCUCAGCUUGUGAGGCUUCUUCCUCCAACAGAAGCUGCCUUGCUAGAUUGGGCAAUAAACUUAAUGGCAGAUGUUGCUCAAAUGGAAAGCUUGAACAAGAUGAAUGCACGUAAUAUUGCAAUGGUUUUCGCACCAAACAUGACCCAAAUGGCAGAUCCUUUGACUGCUUUAAUGUAUGCAGUACAAGUCAUGAAUUUUCUCAAGACACUGGUCGUAAAGACACUUAGGGAAAGGGGGGGGGGAGAGAUAAGAGUGGAGAAAUGGCGGGAACCUGCUACUGCUUCCAUGUCUUCUUCUCUGCACAACCUCUCGAGCUUCCUUUCUAUCUGUUAUCCACAGCCACAACUCAACACUGUAACAACGUGGCAUGCCUCAAUCAACGGAAAGAAAAUCGUUAGGAAAGUCUGCAUGGUUAAUGACAGAGAACAAAGAAACAUGGUUAAAAACCACAGCAAGAAACAACAACAGAAAAACACAAACACCAAAUCUAGUAGUAGUAGUAGUAGUAGUGAGAAUUUCCAAACGUGGAAACACAAAUAG